GACGCAGCCAGGGAAUUUAAAUCCCUCUGCGUCUACUCUACUACACAAGUCUCGUAGACCAUUAUUUGACAACUCUGUUUUAUAAUAACAUGAUUAAACGAUAGUCCACACUCUGGAAGUUUCUUUUCCGCGGAUAUUUCUCACAGUUUUGUGGGGCUAUGGCAGUGGAGACGCGACUGGAGCUGGUCGGGAGACGAUUCCUAUGUGUGAGCGGCGGAGAGGCGCUCGAGGUCGGUGGAGUCUCGAGCUGGCACUGGCGAGCUGGGGUCAUCCGUGCUGUCACUGCACGCGACACUGAAAGUCCUACAUUUUCGGUUUGUGCAGAGUUUGAUAAUGAGAGAAGGGGGAACUGGUUUAGGAUCUGGGAGGAAUUUGGAGUGUUUCUGUUGGAGCAGCGGUUGGUGUGGGCCAGUCGGAACACCAGGACCACUGCGGGAAAUAAUGGGGGCAGUGGACACACUGGGACGUCUGUUUCUCAGGGCUCGAAGGGCAAGACAUCUCUGCACCCAGCACUGAGUUUCCGGACGGUGGUGGGUGAGGCAUGUCUUGGCUCUGUCUCAGUGGUGGAGUUCCUAUCUGACAGACAUCUGGACUUCUUCACUGAUCACAUAGACCUGCAGCCUUACCAGGAUGAAGUGGACAGUGGGAAUCCAAGUCUCCAAGAUGAUCCCCUGCUCCGGGAGCAAAUUCAAGCCUUCCUCAGACAACAGAAAGCUCAGCACAUUCUAAUCUAUGGUGAGUGCUGUCUGACUGGACUCAAAGUUAAAGUGUACAGGGAGGACUCAGAGAUUCAGUGGCUCUCUGGAAUCAUUACCCAUCACAAUCAAAACAGUAGAACCCUGACGGUUAAGACCGAGCAGGUGAGGGAGUCUCUGAGUAUUGACCCGUCUCUGGUCCAGAUCAUGUUUGUUGAUGAUGUCCACUCCUUACUGAUGGGAGAACACACGUCAACACGACACAGAUCUCGCCCUAAGAACAACAGUAACACCUCUCAUCCUGGCAGUUCAGGGCUGACCUUGCAAAAGCCAUCACAAGACUCCAAAUGCAGCACAGUAGAGGAAGUUGCAGAAGAGAGGAUGAUGGAGGAGAGGAAUGGUGGUAAAGAGAGAGAAGAUCCUCCCAAGAGUAAAAACAAUUAUAGUGAAAGAAAAAGGAGGAAAGUAGGGGAAGAGGAAGAAGAAAGGGAUGAGAAGGAGAGGAAAGGAAUUGCUGCAAAGAGACUGAAAGGCACUAAGUUACUUGGUCACUCUGAGAGCAGUGACUCUGAGAAUACUGGCUGCCGAAUCUUCGAGCCCUCAACAGAUGAGGGGUCAAAGGCCGAGGUAAAAAACCACUGUGCUUCAAAACAUUUAGGGGAGGUUCUUCCUAGCCCAUCAGCUGACAGUGAUAAACAGGAAAUGCAUCCCCCUGAUGCCUUGUCGUCUAGUGCUUCAUGCAAUGGUGUGUCACUGGAGUGCAUGAUGGAUUGUGGCAGAACACGCAGGGAGAGGAGAGAUGGAGUCGUCGAGGAGAUGGAGGACAGGAAUGAGGGGGCUUCACGAGAAGAUUCAGAGGCAGUGUCUGCCCUGCUGGCCUCCCAGGAGAGUGAGCAGCUGGUCUCCAUGGAAACAACAUGUGUGCUAUUGCAUGCAUCAUCUCCAGAGUGUGGAGGUGUUGAGGGUGAGCAGGAGACUCCAGUGUGUGACCCAGAGGUCAAAGGUUCAGACUUCAGUGACUCAGAGGUCAUUCCAGCCAUCAGCCAAUCAGAAGCUUCAGCGCAAAAGCAAGAGGAACAGAGUGGAAAGUUGCAUUGGUCUCCUAACGUUGCCCCUGAUCCAGAGGAUACAGGGAAAUGUGAUAAGCUGAGCAUUUCUAAUCAUGAAGCUGAACUCUCUGCAGAUGUGACUCACAAGCCCUGGAGUCGCUCCAGUCCAUGUCCUUCACCUGAGGUUGAACCCCAAAUUGAAAAGGAACUUUCCAGACUGAAGCAGAACUCUAGCCCUGAAGCAGACAGGAAUAAAGAGAAUGCUUCACCAUCUAAAGCACUUAAGGACACUUCUUACUCUGCCCCCCAAAUUACACCCAGCCCAAAAGAGACCAGGCCUCUGACACCAAAUCGGACCCCUACCCCAAAAGAAUGCCCACUCCAAACCUCAACUCCAGUAAAAACUCCCACCCCAACCCCCAGCCUGACUCCCACUCCAACUGAAUCCACCAAGAGCCCUCUGAUCAUUGACAGGAAUGAGCCCUUUACGGUCUACAGAGACCCUGCUCUGGUCAGAGCUGAACCAGAGAGCCACUCAAGCCCUCGCAGUAUACCCGCCCCCCUUACCAAACAGCUCCUAAACACCUCAUCUACUUCCCCUAACACCUCAAAUCUCACUUCAGCUGUUUCUCACCCCAAGCUUAUUAGCCCCUCAAAUCACCCCACACACCCAUCCCCUAUCCCCCUUCCAUCACAGCCUCCUAUCUGCUCUCUCACUGCCCCUCCGCAUCCCUCCAUCCCUCAUCCACAUCUUUUGCCCUCACUCCUGCCUGCUCUUCCCCCCUCUGCCAGUCUUCUAGCUGGGCAUCCUCGACUGGGUCCCUUGGGUCUCCCUCACCAUCCUUUGGCCCUCCAACCUGGUGCCUCUUUAUUGGCACAGGCUCCUGGCAGUGCUCCUCUAGCUCCUUUGGGACUCUACCCUCUCUUGUGGCCUCCAUUUACUAAUGGAGCCCACCCCUACACUGGACUUGGUCUGCAGGCAUCCAAAUGGACACACUCAGAGAGCUCAAGCAUCUCUGAGGCCAGCAUGAGGAGGAGGUCACCAAGCCCUUGGCUUCCUCAGCCCACCCCUGUAACCUGUGCUGAAGGUCAAGGGUUAAGGUCCCACCUGCCUGUGCGACCUGCCAGUGCUGACCCCGAGAGAACUGCCAAAGGCACACCUCACGCCUCUGUCCCCUGCUCCAAAACCACAGAAGAGUUGGAGAGGAGAGUCCUUUCAGACACGACCCAAAGCUCAAUCCCUUCACCCUACAAAUCAGAGCAAGAGCGAGUCAGAGAUUCUGUGGGAAAAAACAACCACACACAACGGCCACUCAUUCCUGAUCUGGCCUCCGGCCGCUCCAAAACCACCCAGGCCAUUUUAGACUUGACAGGUGACAGAUCCAGCCGCUACCAGGAGGAAAACCGGCGCAUUCUCCAAGAGAGCAUAGAGGUUGCUCCGUUCACAGCUAAACUUGGCCUGGACCCCCAGUAUUCCAGAACUCCCUCAGCCUCUCUACCGCCUAAGGAUAGAGAAAGAGAGAGAGAAAGAGGGAGAGAAAGAGAGAGGGAGAGGGAUCUUCAUGCUCCUGGGCAAGCAGUGCUGCCUCGGUCUCAGUCCGCACACUCCAGCAACUACUAUACCACCUUGUCUAACAGUGUGGAGAACGAGCCGCUUCCACGCAGAUUCCCCCCAAGUAAAGAACUGUAUGAGAGGCUCAGCAGCAGUAACAGUGCUGGAUCUGUCUCAGCUAGACCACCACCUUUAGUGAAGCGCCACCCUGAGAAAGAGGAAGGUCUACCAGGCAAAAUCAGCAGACAGCUUGCCCUUCAAGCUACUUCUGUGGAGCCACGAGACUUCAACAUUACAGAGAGGAAAGGUUCUUCAUCCUCACUUAUCUCUUCCUCCUCCUCUUCUCGAGGUAUGCCUUCCCUCCACAGAGCACCCAUCUUCCACCCUCCAGCGCUGCCCAUCCAAGGACCAAAAGAGGUGGGACAUGGUAGGUUAUCCCCACCCACUCUUACACCCGUUCAACCAAUGGGCUCGCCUGGAAAAGCUCAGAGUCAGCAGAGACCACCUACUCUGCUGCCAGAGCUCAGGCAUGCCAUUGCGGCUGGUAAGAGGGUGGUUCCAGAGCCAACGACCAUGACAACACAAGCCUAUGAUGCACAAAGACAUGACACAGAGAGAGGCGGAGCCGUGUACCAUCAGGACAAAGUGAUUGGGUGGCACACAGCCAAUGGGGCUAUUGCGAGACCUCAGUCUGCCACAGCUUCUGUAAUCGUACGACCAACUAGCUAUACGCACACACUCAACAAUUAUCCACACAACAACAGGACUCUUUCAGUUUCCCAUUCAGAUCAUGGGAGAACUUUUGAAAAUGUUUCAACUUUGCACUCUAAGGAAGCAUGUGUGCCAUAUAAAAAAGGGGUUUUAUGGACACCAUUGGACACAGUCCAGCCCCUCAACAUGACCACCACAAAGUCUGACCACAGCACACCUGUAACUAUGACAACAACACACACACUGUUUGGGGUCCAUUACCCAACUCACUCCAAAUCUGAUCUGGUGGCUGAGCAACACACAGAGGAAGGUGGAGCCACGAGGCUAAGGACAGACCUCUCUGCCACCACCUGUCAUUCAUCCAGAGACUUGCCCAAUCUGAAGAAACAAAGGGCGGGACUUGGUGCAACCAAAUCCAGACUCCACACUCAUACCAUCCAUGGGUUACACACUACACACACAACACAUAUAGCAAACACUACACAGUCUAAAAAGAAACAUUCAGGAUGCCAUGCCAUCCCUCCUAAAUGUCCCAGACUAGGACCUGUCUCUCAGGAGGCCACAGACCCUACACCAACCAAACCCGUUUCCCUUUCCAAGACACAGCUGCUACCUCCAGCACAAACCAGCCAACCAGCCCUGUCUGGCCAGGGAAACUACCACAAGCUGAAAAAGGCCUGGCUAACCCGCCAUUCUGAGCAGGACAGAGGAAGUGGCACCUCCCAGACAACAGGGGGAGUUAACACAGAAACUACUCUCAGUUCAACAACCACUGGCUCCCAAGCAACCAAACAAGAGGUGAAUGGGUUUGAGGAGAGCUGGUCUAGCCAGGAGGCCCAAACCUGUCUUGACAAGAAGAACACUAAAACAGCCAGGAAAUCUAACUCUGAGGACAGGAAGUCCAUCCAAGAAGAAAAGAAGUCCCGUAAGGAUGACAGCAGAUCUAAUUUGGAAGAAAAGAAAGCCGAUUUGCCAGACAAGAAAAGCAACCAUGAGGACAAGAAGUGUCUCUUAGAGGACAGAGAGUCUACUAAUGACAAGAAAGACACCUCCGAGGACAGGAAGCCCAACUCAGUGGACAGUAGUCAGAAGGAGGAGGUUAGGGGGAAAAAGCGAGCAUUUGAGUCAAGCUCAGAGAGUGAGAGUGGCGGUGGCUCAGGAAAUGAAAGUGAGAACUGUGAAGCUGAGGAGCGAAACAAACGACAGAGUAAGACCUCCCUCAAAAAGAAGCAGAGUGACCUGCAUAAAAAGGGGGAAGAGAAUGAAAGAGAAGAAGAGCAGGAGGACGAGGAGGAGGGGGAGGAGGAGGAGGACGGGAAAGUCAAUGGGACUUUCCAGAAUGUCAAGGAGAAGGCUCGACUGAGGCUGUCCAGCAGCAAUGGAAUCCCUCGCUCCGUGUUGAAAGACUGGCGGAAGGUACGUAAACUGAAGCAGAGUGGUGAGGCCUUCCUGCAGGAUGACUCUUGCGCUGAAAUCGGCCCAAAUGUGCAGAAGUGCAGGGAGUGCCGUCUUGACCGCACACGCAAAGCCCAGGAGCCUGCCAUCUCACCUGUCUUUUGCCGAUUCUACUAUUUUCGCCGUUUGUCGUACAGUAAGAACGGAGUUGUGCGUGUGGAUGGAUUCUCUGUGCUUGAGCAGACAGAUGAAGAGGCGGUGCGGGUGUGGAUGCCUGGAUAUGAGGAUGAAGAUGAAGGGAAGAGUAAAGAGAUGGAUCUGGACACGGCCAAAUACGUCCUCACGCUCAUCGGAGACAAGUUCUGUCAGCUUGUAAAGACAGAGAACACUGCUGUCACCUGGAUCAGGAAAGAUACUCAGGUGAUGUGGAAGCGUGCAGUGAGGGGGGUGAGGGAAAUGUGUGAUGCGUGUGAAGCAACUCUCUUCAACAUGCACUGGGCGUGUCAUAAAUGUGGCUUUGUGGUUUGUAUGGACUGUUACAAAGCCAGGGAGAGGAAGAGUGCCAAAGAUAAGGAGCUCUAUGCCUGGGUGAGGUGUGUGAAAAACCAGCCGCAUGACCUGAAGAACUUGAUGCCUACUCAAAUAGUACCUGAAACAGUAUUGGCAGAACUGCAGGGUUCCAUGCACACCCUGCGAAACAAGUUCAACAUCCUGUCUCACUGCCUCUGUGCUGAGAGAAACACCCACAGUACCAGGACUGCCACAACAAAUGGACUCUCGCAGGUCUUGGAGCAAGAGGCAGAAGGCCAGCAGAGCUCACCACAGGGCCCAGACGUGGAUGAGUCUAACACUAAAGUUAAAGGAACCCACUACUCCACCCAGCUCUCCCAGCACAGGACUCACCCACAGAAGAAAGUGAAGUCAGAAGUUGACAAUGUGGAGAGUCUGAACAGGAAAUCCAGCAGUCCAGAACAAGGCUCGACCCUGCGUGACCUUUUGACCUCAACAGCCGGUAAACUACGUCUCGUGUCAAGAGAUGCAGGGAUGGCAUUUGCACCAGUUUACAACUCCACAGAGCAGACAAGCCAAACCACACGCAUGCCUAACAUUCUGGAUGACAUCAUUGCCUCCGUUGUGGAAAACAAGAUUCCCGCUUCCAAAAUGGCCAAACUGGAACUUAACCAGGAUAUGAAAUCAGACGAGGAAGCAAAGGCAGGCCUGGAAGUGGGAAAGUCAGGAGAAAGUCCAUUGGAUGACCCUAAUACCAGUGCACCUCAUGAUUGGCUGGGAAGCUACCGGCUACUCUGGCUCAAAGAUUACCGUCACCUAGGCAACCAGAGACUGUUCAGUGAGAACUGGACACAAGAGCAGCCAGUACUGGUCUCAGGGUUUCAGAAGGGCUUGACCCCCAGUUUAUGGAGGCCUGAAGCUUUCAGUCGGGAAUUCUCUGGUCUCCAUAGCGAUCUUUACAACUGCAGAGACGGGAGCAUUACAAACACGCGGGUCAAAGAAUUUUGGGAUGGCUUUGAGGACGUGACAAAGAGGGCUAAAUCUGCCAGGGGAGACCCUGCGGUUUACAGACUAAAGGACUGGCCUUCUGGAGAUGAAUUUAUGGCCCUUAUGCCUUCCAGGUAUGAUGACAUAAUGAGGUGUCUGCCUGUACCAGAGUACUGUGAUCCAGAGGGUCGUCUCAACCUGGCCUCCCGUCUGCCGUCCUUCUUCAUCCGGCCUGACCUGGGGCCUCGUCUCUGCUGCGCUCACGGUGUAACUGCAUGUCCAGAACAGGACUUUGGAACAGCCAAUCUACAUGUUGAAAUCUCAGACACUGUCAGUAUCCUUGUGUAUGUGGGCAUAGCCAAAGGAAACGGAGCCCUAUCCAAGACAGGUGUGUUGAAGCUCCUGGAGAAAGAAGCUCUUGAUGAGAGUGUGAAAAAGCGGUUGCGAGACCCCAGUGAAACUCCAGGUGCUCUGUGGCACAUUUUCCAGAGUAAAGACUUCCACAAAAUCCAAGAGUUCCUCCACACAGUAAGUUAGAAUUCAGCUAAAUCACAGCAUCCUGAGGUUGAUGAGGAGUCAGACUCGGAGUGGGACAGAGAUGCAGAUCCUCUGCGUGAGGGCGGCUGGUAUCUGAGUCCCACACUCAGACAGAGGCUGCAGCAGGAGCUGGGCGUGGAGAGCCGUACACUCGUUCAGUUUCACGGAGAUGCUGUCAUCAUCCCUGCUGGAGCCCUGCACCAGGUGCUGAACCUGCACAGCUGUAUUCAGGUGAAUUUGGAUUUUGUGUCCCCUGAACAUGCUCACAAUUCCUACUACCUGACACAAGAGCUUCGGUCCCUCAAAGACCAAGUCAACUACGAGGACAAACUUCAGGUGAAAAACAUCUUCUAUCACUCAGUGAAAGAUGCUGUCGCUAUACUUAUGAGGUGCUCCGAGGAGAUAAAGCAAGAAGAGCAGGAGGACAAGGAAGAGGAGGGUGGCAGAUCUUUACAUUCAGACUCUCCUCCUCCGAAGCUACCCCAAGGAGCAUUCUAAAUGCAGAAGACGUUGUGAGAUUCUGUAGGGAGCAAACUCUCCUCCAGAGAGCCAAAGCUUAAGCUGAUACCAAUGAAACUGAAUUCUCAUUUGGCUCCUGUGGAAGGUUCCCUUGCUUCCUUUUCACGAUGUCACUGUUUUCUCCUUAACUUAAUGCUUCUAAUCUCUACCUCCCUCCUUUAGCCUGCUGCUAAGAGGAGGUGAAAUGAGGACCCGAGACAGAGACAAGCAAAAGAAGGCAGGAGUUGGAACUAUCUCUAUACGAGCCAAAACUUUGUUCACGAGCUCGAAGACAGCUGCUAAGCCCAGCCAUUCUCCACAUUGCUUUCACAUGCUGCGAGCACUUCAAUGUCAAAAAAGAGCAAAGAAAAUAUUCACUUUUUGGAUAACAGAGGUUCCAGAAAUUCUUGAAUGUUAGUGAUAGCUGUUUUCUAUUGGCCAUACUGCCAGCUGGAUUUGCGAAAAUUAGAGGAAGCAGCUUGGCCAAGACAACCCAAACAGCAUUCCCUGAAAAACAUCAACUGCCACACUGUUAUCCAUUUUGUUUGUUGUGUUGAAAGGCAAUAUUAAGUUAUUAACAGUCAGGCAGCCAUUCACUGUGCAAAGGGGAAUAUAAUUCAAGGAAUUGCAGUUUA